AUGGAGAGUGUGCGUGAGCUCCAGAACCCCCUCUUGGCCAAGGCCAAUGGGCACCUUCACGGCAGCUAUUCUUACCACCAGCAUCACAGCCAGGACUACCCCAGUCAUCGAUGCCAGGGGAAACUGUACUCCUACAUCUUCCAAAACACUGGCAGUGCCAGGACUCACCAGCUGCUGGAUGCUAGUUCUCUGCAGCUGGCUGUUGAAGCUUUAUAUGGGCCAAAUUUCAUCCUUGUGAAGGAUGAGAGCACUCUGAAGGCCAAGGACAGCAAGACAGAAAGCUGUGAGACCACUUUUAUGGAAAGCAAAGAGGCCACAUCUGAAGGUCCUGACGGGUGCGAUGCACAAGGGUCAUGCCUGGUAGAGAGCGACAUCCGCAUCCAGACUGUGUCUUACGAGGUGGAGGAGGAGGAACUCCAGGAAUACGAGAGUGACUCCUCCAGCGACAGCGAAAGCGAGGACCAUUUCCUGAUGCUUCCCCCCCGGGACCACCUGGGCCUGGCCCUGUUCUCCAUGCUGUGCUGCUUCUGGCCUCUGGGCAUCGCUGCCUUUUACUUCUCCCAAGGGACCAGUAAGGCUGUCUCCAAAGGAGAUUUCCACCUGGCCAGUUCAGCCUCUCGGCGAGCUCUCUUCCUGGCUGCGCUCUCCAUAACCAUCGGCACAGGAGUGUACGUUGGGGUUGUCGUAGCACUGAUUGCUUAUCUCUCCAAAGGGGGCCACGUAUAGCUGCCACCUACACCUCAAUGCCAUCCCCAGCAGCCAGCCCUCCUGGGA